CCCCUGCGCCGGCGGAGCCGCCGCCCGGGUGCGGACCCGGGAGCCCGAGGCGACUGCGGCGUGCGGGACCCCGAGGACGCGACCAUGCCGGGCGGGGCCGAGGCUGGGGAGGCCGAGGAGGAGACUGGGGCCGGCUCCGGGUCCGAGGCGGAGGAGGACGCUUUGUGGGAGCGGAUCGAGGGCGUCCGGCACCGGCUGACUCGCGCCCUCAACCCGGCCAAGCUGACGCCCUAUCUGCGCCAGUGCCGGGUCAUCGACGAGCAGGACGAGGAGGAGGUGCUGAGCACCUACCGCUUCCCGUGCCGUGUCAACCGCACCGGGCGCCUGAUGGACAUCUUGCGCUGCCGUGGCAAGAGGGGUUAUGAGGCCUUCCUGGAAUCGCUGGAGUUCUACUACCCCGAGCACUACACACUGCUCACAGGCCAGGAACCUGCCCAGCGCUGCUCCAUGAUCCUUGAUGAGGAGGGCCCGGAAGGCCUGACCCAGUUCCUGAUGACGGAGGUGCGACGGCUGCGGGAGGCUCGCAAGAGCCAGCUGCAGCGGGAGCAGCAACUGCAGGCUCGGGGCCGGGUGCUGGAGGAGGAGCGGGCGGGGCUGGAGCAGCGGCUGCGGGAGCAACAGCAGGCUCAGGAGCGCUGCCAGCGCCUCAGGGAGGACUGGGAGGCGGGCAGCCUGGAGCUGCUGCGGCUCAAGGACGAGAACUACAUGAUCGCCAUGCGCCUGGCCCAGCUCAGCGAGGAGAAGAACUCCGCAGUGCUGCGCAGCCGGGACCUGCAGCUGGCGGUGGAUCAGCUGAAGCUCAAGGUGAGCCGGCUGGAGGAGGAGUGCACCCUGCUGCGGAGGACCAGGGGGCCGCUCCCCGGGGCCGAGGACAAGGAGCCGGACAGCGUGGACCUGGUCUCCGAGCUGCGCGCCGAGAACCAGCGGCUGACCGCGUCCCUGCAGGAGCUUCAGGAAGGCCUGCAGCAGGAAGCGAGCAGGCUGGGGGCCCCAGGCUCAGAGCGCAUCCUCCUGGACAUCCUGGAGCAUGACUGGCGGGAGGCUCAGGACAGCAGGCAGGAGCUGUGCCAGAAGCUGCAUGCCGUCCAGGGGGAGCUGCAGUGGGCUGAGGAGCUGCGGGACAAGUACCUGCAGGAGAUGGAGGACCUGCGGCUGAAGCAUCGCACGCUGCAGAAGGACUGCGACCUCUACAAGCACCGAAUGGCCACGGUCCUGGCCCAGCUGGAGGAGAUCGAGAAGGAGCGGGACCAGGCCAUCCAGAGCCGUGACCGGAUCCAGCUGCAGUACUCCCAGAGCCUCAUCGAGAAGGACCAGUACCGCAAGCAGGUGCGGGGCCUGGAGGCUGAGCGGGAUGAGCUGCUGACCACGCUCACCAGCCUGGAGGGCGCCAAGGCCCUGCUGGAGGCACAGCUGCAACGGGUCCAGGGCGGCCCCUGCCUCAAGGCUUGUGCCUCCUCCCAUUCCCUGUGCUCCAACCUCAGCAGCACCUGGAGCCUCAGUGAGUACCCCCCGCUGCUGGGAGGCCCGGAAGCAGCUGGGGAGGCGGCCAUUAUGGGGGCAUCCGAGCCCCACACCUCGGAGGAGGCGACAGACAGCGAGAAGGAGAUCAACCGGCUCUCCAUAAUGCCCUUCCCCCCAAGCGCUGGCUCCAUCCUCCGCCGGCAGCGUGAGGAGGACCCUGCACCCCCGAAGAGGUCCUUCAGCAGCAUGUCCGACAUCACAGGGAGUGUUACGCUUAAGCCCUGGUCUCCUGGCCUCUCCUCGUCUUCAUCCUCCGAUAGCGUGUGGCCUUUGGGGAAGCCCGACGGCCCCCUGGCCAGAGGCUGUGGCCUGGAUCUCCUCAACAGGUCUCUGGCCAUCCGGGUGUCUUGCCGGAGCCCCCCGGGGGGGCCCGAGUCCCAGGACAAGGGCCCAGAUGGCCUGUCGUUCCUUGGGGACAGCUGGUCUGGGGCCAUGGUGCGGAGGGUGCUCUCUGGGCCAGGGUCUGCCAGGGCGGAGUCCAGAGAGCCAAGGGCCGAGGCUGCUGGCCUGGAGGGGGCAGGUGUGGAAGGUGAGGUCCAGCAGAGAACCUUGCCCUGGAACCAGGUGUCCACGUUCCCCUUCCUGAUGGACUUCAAGGCCUGUCAGUCCUUCCACGAGGCCCUCGAUGCCUGGACAAAGGGGCUGAGCACCGAGCCCUUCUAUAUCCGAGCCAACCUUACCCUGCCGGAGCGAGCAGACCCUCACGCCCUGUGUGUGAAAGCCCAGGAGAUCCUGCGUCUGGUGGACCCGGUGUACAAGCGGCGGCAGGAGUGGUUUUGCACCCGGGUCGACCCCCUGACGCUGCGGGACCUGGACCGGGGCACUGUGCCCAAUUACCAGAGAGCCCAGCAGCUCCUAGAAGUUCAGGAGAAAGGCCUGCCCUCCAGCCGCCACCGAGGGUCCCGAAAUAAUCUGAAGAAGCGAGCCCUGGACCAACUCCGGUUGGUGAAGCCCAAACAGGGGGGAAGCUCCGCGGGGGCUUCUCCAGAGCAGCUGUUGCUGGAGCCCUGCUCAGAGCCUGAGCGAAGCCUCAAACCCUACAGCCUGGUGCGCCCACUGCUGGUGUCCGCUCUGCGGCCUGUGGUGCUCUUGCCCGAGUGCCUGGCACCCCGGCUCAUCCGCAACCUGCUUGACCUGCCCAACUCCCGGCUGGACUUCCAAGUGUGCCCAGCGGAAAGCCUCUCUGGGGAGGAACAGUGCACAUCCUCAGCACCUGGAGCCCCCAAGGCCCAGCCUGCCACCCCUGGGCUGGGCAGCAGGCUCCGUGCCAUCCAGGAGUCUGUCGGGAAGAAGCACUGCCUGCUGGAGCUGGGUGCCCGGGGCGUUCGGGAGCUGGUCCAGAACGAGAUCUACCCCAUUGUCAUACACGUGGAGGUGACAGAGAAGAAUGUCCGGGAAGUCAGGGGUCUGCUGGGCCGGCCCGGCUGCCGGGACUCGGAGCUGCUGCGGCAGUGCCAUCGCUCGGAGCAGGUGCUCUGGGGGCUGCCCUGCUCCUGGGUGCAGGUGCCUGCGCAUGCGUGGGGCCACUCGGAGGGGCUGGCCAAGGUGGUGCGCGGCCGCAUCCUGCAGGAGCAGGCCCGCCUCGUGUGGGUGGAGCGCGGCAGCUGUGCCGGGGGCGUCGGCGGCAGCAGCGAGGCCUGA